AUCAGAUAGGCUGUAUAAUCUUUUAUAAUUAAGUAAUUCAAUGGAAUCAGAAGCCGGUACUUCGAAGGAUCAAGAUGGGAAUGUUACAGACACUAAUUCAGUGGAAGCCAUUGAACAAAAGAUUCUUGCAUUGGCUCAAGCUUGACCAAAAGGUAUAUCGGACAAAGAUUUGACAAUUGAAAUACCAGAUUUGCAGCCUGCUCAAAGAGCCCAAAUUAUAAAUAAACUGUUAUCUCUGGGUCAUUUUGACUUAUUUAAACAAGGUGGUUCCUUGUUGUAUCGUUUAAAAGAUCCUUCCAAAGCAAAAAUAGCAAAAGGUGCAGACAAUGAAGAAAAGAUUGUCUAUACCAUAAUUGAAGAAGCAGGAAACAAGGGAAUAUGGAUUAGAGACAUACGAUUCAAGUCUAACUUAAUGCCAACCCAGUUGAAUAAGAUUUUGAAAAGCUUAGAAACUAAAAAAUUUAUCAAAGCUGUCAAGUCUGUAGCAGCAAGCAAGAAGAAGGUUUAUAUGUUGUAUAAUUUGGAACCAGACACAUCUGUAACAGGUGGUGCCUGGUAUCAAGACCAAGAUUUUGAGGCAGAAUUUGUAGAUGUUCUCAAUCAGCAAUGUUAUAGAUUUUUAGAAAAGAAACGCGAACAAAUGAAUUCUUGCAGAGGUGGACCAAUUGCAGCUAGAAAUGUUACAUUUGCUUCAUCCAAAGAAGUUUGGAAGUUCAUUUCUGAUCUAGGAAUAAGCAAGGUAAAAUUAUCAGUCGAAGAUUUGGAGAUGAUAUUGAAUACUUUGGUUUAUGAUGGAAAAGUAGAACGUACUCUUUCAGGGGAUGGAAGUAAUUUAUAUAGAGCAGUAGAAUCUUUAUUAAGCGCACCUGGAUUAAUUAAAUCUACUUGUGGUGUUUGCCCUGUGAGGAAAAACUGUUGUGACAUAGGGGAUGUCACACCUACAAAAUGCCAGUACAUAACAGAAUGGUUGGAAUAA